AAUUUAAGGACAUCUAAAAUUAUGUCCGAGGAAACCGGAAAAUGGUUAGACUUAGAAGGAAUACCAGGGCCAUCAAGUAAAAAACAAAAGCCCAACACUCCUGAAAGUAAUAUUGGCCCUGAACACGAAAUCGAGACCGCGCAGCACGAGGAUGGAUCAAAAACAAAAGCCCGGUUGCCAGAUUUGGUUGUUAGGGAAGCAUCGAUUAUUAAAAAUGACGUCAGGCCGUCUCAAAAAAUAACAGACCAAAAAGCAAACAAAGAUUCGCGUUUCAUGAAAGAAAAUCGAACUGCCGUUAAAAAUUUCGGGCAGACGCCAAAUGAAAGAUAUCAAGAAGUUAUGCAGGAUAUUUUGCGUCAGAAAAUGCGGGAUUCGUGGCUGAAUACUUCCUAUCAACGAGCUAUUUGGAACGCUAGAAGACGUCUUCUUCAGGGCGAUUUAUUGGAAGAUUUACCUACAGAGGAGAAACAUAUUGUAUCAUCACUGAUCUCGCCGCAAAUGAAACCUGACUAUUCGAAAUGGAAAUAUCCGAAGACCAAACAUCCAUACGGACUUCGGCUUCCACAGCUCCAAAAUUCUGCAGCGAAUUCAGCUGAUCUAACACCAUUAAGUGCGACUAACGAUUUAUCUCAAGGAUUUCUACCUGAGCAUUUUGUGCAAGCGUUUCAUGCCGAAGAGGAAUUGAAAAAAAUAGAAAGUUCGGGACUACAGGUGUACCCGAUAGAAUUUGUAUCCUUAUCUGAUCGAUUAACAUUACAUGAGCCCCCAUGGUUGGCAGCGCUUCGAUUUGGAAGGGAAAGUGGCAGCUACGACAACUUUGGACUUUGUUAUGGCUGUUUUCACAAGAAGGGACCACAUUAUCAUUACAACGCACCGAUCCGAAUAGGAGGCGGAUACUCGAUAUAUCGUCGUCAUCCGUUGCAACCGUUAGACAUUGUACCUGCUAACAUUAAAGUUGAUACUGGGAGAUGGAUCGUGCAUGGUGACGAACAAUCAGGUUCGACCAUGUUCGAUCAAGAAAUUCGUGACGCAACAAUGGGAGAUGAUUUCUCGACUCGCUUAUUUCACGGAUUUCUUGAUAAUGGAGGUGAUCCGGAUGCAUUAAAGGAAUAUUUGGAAUCAAAUUUCGAUCCCGAAGUUUUGAAAGAUCUACAGAUGUUAGGUAUAAACGUCCAAUUAAUUAAAGAAUAUGCGGAACUUCUACGAGGUCACAUCAAAGAAAAAAUGACGUUGAAACUCGAAAAACAAUCGGGAAUCGUAAAGGCAAAUGACCGUGAAAUUGAAUUGGUCAAACGAUUCAUAGAAAUCAUCAGUGCUGGAGGAGAUCUGGACAUGCUGCUUUGUCUUCUUCGAUUUGGACGCAACAGUGAUGAUAUAUUGAAGUUUGAAAAGCAGGGUGGAAAUGUUGAGCUUCUCGAGCACUAUGCAUCCAGACUUUUGAGAGAUUUUGCUGGCAUCCAAGAUGCCAAAUUUGACGCCGAAAGCGAUGAUGAUCUUACUACGGAACAGAAACAGAUGAAAACGGAAAUAAUAGAAAGUCUUCGCCUAUACAUCGAAAAUGAAAUAGAUCACAAACAUGCAAAUAUAUUGCUGGAAUAUAUUUCACGCGGUGGAAAACUUGACGUUCUUCUGGAAUAUAUAGAUAAAGGAGCGUCAUCUGCUGGUGUGCUUCAAUAUGAAGCCGAAAAUGGCGACAUUUCUUUGGUACAAGAAUAUGCUGAGAAGUUUCCCAACAAGACAAUGUUAAUACGUGAUAUUGAAAAAUUUGUGAAAAAUCAUUUCCGUAGCUACGCAACCGCUAAUCUACUACAAAAAUAUAUAGAGAACGGAGGAAAAGUGAAAAUAUUGAAACAAUAUGUAAAUGAUGGAUGUUCAUUCUCUUCCGAACGAGUCCAAAAGUAUGUAAAAGAAGGAGGAAACGUUCGAUUAUUACAGGACAUUGGUGAAAAAUUUGCAAAUGAUCGCACAAUCAGAGAAGAUUUGGAACAAUUCCCGGAUGAUCCGAAAAUUGUUGAAGCUUACAUAAGAAGAGGAGGAAAUUUUCCAAAACUUGUCAGGGCAAUUGCUGAUGCCACGGAUGAUCCACUCAUUGAGGAUUACGUGAAAAGAAAGGCGGAUGCUGCAAUAAACGUUCUUAAAAUUACUUCACACAAAUCGAAAAAAGCAAGAAACAAGAGGAAUAUGGCAACAAGAUAUUCCAAAUCAGCGAACGGGUUGUUGCAGACAAAUUUCUACCCGCGCCCUAAAUCAGCUGAUGAUAAAGAUAGAUCCACUCGUUCUGUGUCACCAGGGGAUUUGCACGCACUGAUGGAAUCGCCUAAUACUUUGGCUCACAGUCUAUUGCCUCGCUUAUUGGAAACAGCGAGAGCAGAAUUGAAGUACGACAAACUUAUGGCCACAGAUGAAAUACUCAAACAGAAUGAGGGAGCAUUUCUAGCAAAGACUGUUGAAAUCAACCAAGAAAUGUUGCCGGUUACUUCGGUAUACAUGGGUAAUAUAGGAAGACAAAUUCCGUUCAGCAUUUAUCACAGUAGCGACUCAAAAGUGUCAUCAACAGUUUCAUUGCUGACAGGAAAACAAAGACCACGGCUCUGGAAAGCUCCGGCACCAUUUACAAUCAGAAAAAGUGAUGUUUCUCCAACUCAACCACAAUUACCGUUUUCGGAGAAUCGACAAUAUGACAUUUCCUCGCUAUCGGAAGAUCGCAUACUUGAAAUUGAAAGGAAACAGCGACAUGAACUUGAUGUUUUAAGACGAAAUUAUAACUCGAAAGAUUUUCAUGACAACUGGAGGGUCGCUGUAAGAAGUCCUGCUGGGUCAGUGAUAAGCGAACACGAUUCUACAACGAUGGGAGAAUUUGAAGAAACAAAACCAGUCAGCCUGCAGACCGGACAAGAUUUUGAGCCAGCCAUAAAAAAGAAAGACAAAGCUUCCCGUCGUGAACAGCAACGGAGAAAGAUGAAAAAGUUAAAACAAGGGAAAAAUCGUGCAGGGUCCAGAAAAGAGAGAAGUUUGUCUCCGGCACCAAGACGGUCGUCAUCUUCAUCUUCUCUCACUCUUCCAGAUUCACCUAAGUUGGAUGCUAAUGUCGCCAUGCCAAGCAAGGAAUUGAUGAGGGCGAAUGACGACAUAUUUUCGCCCACUGUUGGCUUGUCGAGAGAAGGAACAAAAGCGAGCUCACGCAGCAGGUAUUUAGCAGCACUAUUGGCUGAAGACAUCUCAAUAUUUGUAUCAAUUAUACUUAUACAAUAUACAUUUACCAAGCUUCAACUUUUCAAAAUUCUGCUCAGAUCAAGUUCUGAGGAAUCUGGAAAGAGGGAUAAACCAGAAACAAAAUCAAUCUUAACAAAAGAACGAAAAUCUACUGCAGACUUGACAAUUGGAAUCAGUUCGAUCAGUCUUCCUGAUUCCCAAUCCACCUCAUCCGAUAAAUCGAUUCUGUCCGAAAUGGAAAGAAAAUCGCCAGAAUCUAACGAUGAAAACAUCAUGCGGAGUCAUAUUGUUGGAAAACCACCGAAGCAUGUGCUUCCGCCCCUUCCGAAAUUGCCGGAUAUAAAUAAUGACGACGAGCCUCCAUCACCUAUUUAUCAAUCUGCGUUUGGAAAACCAACACCACGUUCAUCGCGUUCAAAAAUACCAAUUCUCCCCGAGAUGAUUGAUAAUCCCGAGACACAGAUGUCUGAAGAACAAAAUAAACUCAAAAAAGAAGAUGCAGAAAGAAUGUUGGAAAAUAUGAAAAACAAAGGAAAGAUGAAAACCAGACCUUUGACAAGAGGCAAGUCUAACGCUGAAAUGUUACUUGAUGCUGAAACGCCUGGAAGUGCUGUUGAUGACGUUUUGAAAAAAUUUUGCAUUAUAAGAGAGGAAAGCCUUCCCAGAUAUCGUCAUAUAUUCGACAAACAUCUGAUGUUAAAAGAGAUGAGAUUGAGGGAAAGAGCGAUGAAAGCAAAACGAGCGAACAAUGAGUUGUUCAACGAAGAUUCUUUCGAAGAUGUUACAUUAGAGGAAAGUUACAGGGAAGGACCUGCACAUGUUGAAUUGAAAAAACUCAUGUUUCUGGCUGAAUUACUGGCUGAUAAAAUCGAUACAACUGAACAUGAAAUCGUGGUGGCCAAAGGAUGCUUGGAUAGAGCUAAAGCGUUAACAGCUCGAGAGAUUCUCUUCAAAACCCAGCCGUCUCUCGCGACACCUCGUAGACGGAAAACGCCCAAAACACGCCCAACUUCAACAUCAGUUUUCGGCAGAAACGCAGUCUUAGACGAAGAUUUUCAAAACGAGAAAGAAAUCAUGGAGAACGCCGAAACUGCAAUGAGCAUUACGCAACAAAAGUAUGAUUAUGACCAGUCAGCAAGAAUUGGGUAUGAAAGCAGAAGUGGAACGCCAAGACAAAAAAUGCAACAACCAACAUUACACCUUCCGGAGAUAAGAGCACCGCAAAGUGGAACACUGGAAAUUCCUUUGGAAGAACUCAAUGAUGCACAAGUCUUAAAUAAACUUAGUACAAAACAUCGUAAAGAAAUCGGAAUUGAUCCAGUGGUAAAACACAACACAGCUGCUUUUCUAGCGUUGCAAGAUAAAUUAAAGCGAAUGAAAGAAAGACAAAAGAAACUUUUAGAACGUUUGGAAAAGCAGAAACUCGAAGCUGAGAGAGAAAGAGGGAAUGAAAAACACGAAAAAAGUAAAAAAGAGACUUUCAUCAGGCAACAAAGCGUGGUUUAUCAAGCACUUCAUCCAGCAGACGAUCCAGUUUUAUCUAUCGAUGACGUACCAGAAGCAUUACGUGACGUCAAUGGAGAAAUUUCCAGAGCAGAUAGUGCUGUUAUUUUCGAGGCUUUAGACUUCCCGCGCCAUAGUGAAGAGGUUAAUUUCCGAGUGUUUUGUAUCCUGGCGGCUCUCAGUGAAAGCGCAGUGUCAAUCCAGCCUUUGGUAAAGAGAUUGGUGAAGACCAGAGACGCCAGGGCUCUCAAUGUUAAGAUGGAUAAAUGCAAGGAAAUUUACGGCUUCCUACUUGGCACAAGUCUGGAUAAUUUACAAUCAGAAUUGCGUUCCAGCAGCUUCUCGUCUGCUCAAUAUCACCAGGUUCUGAAGAAGCUUACGAGAGACGAAGGAAAACUAUCUUUUCUUGACUUCGUAACUUAUGUUCCUUUAUUUUUGGACAUUCACCAGAAAAUAGUAGCAAGUCCUCUGCGUGGCUGAGAUAAAUAAAAAAAAUUUAGUAGCACAUAUGGAAGGUUUUGAGCACUAGCAAAAAAAAUUUAACACACGUCACAGCAAUCAUGUGAAUUUCCUGAUUGAAUGAUGCUCGGAUCUUAUGAGUUUUUGUAACGCUAUGAUUGCUUUCGAGCAUAUACCGAACCCAACCCAAAAGAAGAGCCAACCUCCGACACCCGACUUCUCUAUCAGUUCAUGACCAUCGAAAUCUCUCUUUAGCGUUGUUUAUCGUUGGUAAUCGCUUUUUAUUUGACGCUGCAUUGCACUAGUGAAAAAUCUUCAAAUAAUUGUUAAAAAUAUUGUCUUGUAUUUUCACCAUGCACUUUUGUUUGUCAUUUAAAUCUUGAAAGCCAUAAAAUAUGCACUGCUCAAUUGUGAAGCACAUCAUCAUAAAUUUUUUCUAUUGUUGCAGAUAAUUGUAUAUAUGUAUAUCAUUAUUUUUAAUAAAAUUGCACUUAGUAUUGAG